UCGAUGCAGCAGUGUCAGUGCAACCAACAAAUUGCCGCGAAACUUAGACGCUAUUUGUCAUAAAAUGUCUUGUAUUGCUAUUGAAAUGUCAGUUCAAAGUUUACUCUAUUUAAAAAGUAUUUGCAAGCAAACGUUAUUUGAUAUUUUGUAAUUACUGUUACGAUAAAAAAAGCUAUUAAAAAUGGCUGAUGUGCGAUUACUUAUACAAGAAGAAGGUAGAGCAGCUAGAAAUUUGAUAGCUUUUAAUGUACCAGUUGGAACAAAUAAUAGUGAGAAGGUUACUAAGAAACCACCUAGUGUGCCAAGAGUAUCACAAUCAAGUACAACUAAGAGAUCAAUGAAACCAACAACAAGAGUAAGAUCUGCUUCUACUGGUCGAGACAAAAAAUCUGAGUUACAGGCAAGAUAUUGGGCAUUUUUAUUUGGUAAUCUGCAAAGAGCUGUUGAUGGUAUUUACCAAACAUGCGAGGAAGAUGAAAAUAUUUCAGAAUGUAAAGAGGUGAUACUAGUUUUAGAAAACUAUACCAGAGAUUUUCAUAAUUUGAUCGAAUGGUUUAAAGUGAAGUGGGCUUAUGAAAGUUCUCCUCCACCACUGAGACGUACUCCAUUAGCAUGGGAAGUUAGGAAAACAUCCCCUUGCCGUAUGUGGAAUUCAACAAUGAUUCCAAAAUCCACUAGUCCCUUGCAAAGAAUGAGCCCUACAGAAUCUAUAUGUCGAAGCCCUGUAGAUCAUGUAAUUUCAGAAAACAAGACUAUUUCUAUAGAUAAUAAAAUAAGUCAAAUGAAAGCAGAGCCGGUACACAAAUUGAUAAAAGAUAAUAAAACUAAUGUUACCAGAAAUAAUUCAAAUUUAAGCGAAAAAUGUAAAAGUCCAAUAGAUAAAGGAACAAGCCAGUCAUUGAUUAAGGACAAACUAACUUCAAUGAAAGCAAAUAAAACUUUUGUAAAACAUGUAAUAAGUGCAAAAGCAAGCAAUGGUGUUACAACAGAACAAAAAUCAAAUGAGAGUUCACCUCGAGAUUUAAAAAGUAAACUAGAUACCAAAAGUGUUUCGAAACCAGUUAAAAAUACAUUACACAAUAAUUCCACUAAAAUAACAGAUUCUAAUGUAAUGGUAGAAAAAAAUGAACAAGUAAUUCAGAAUGAUAAAAAUAUACAAUUAAUUACUUUCACGUCAAUGGAAAAAGAACUUUCUAAAUCUGUUGGCAUGGAUAAUAAAUUGAAUGCUCAAAAUAAUUUGCAAGUAAAACCUUUAGGCCCUAAAAAUGAUAUAGGACUAGGAAAAAACGAAAUCAAUGCUAAAAUGAAGAAACAAAGCAUAGGAAAGAAUAUUAAAGUUAUUGGCAUAGAAAAUGUAACAACUGAAAAUAAAUUAAUAGAAUCUAAUACUAUGACAAAAGAAAAUAAUAAUGCUAUAACAACAAAUAAAAGUUUACAAAGUAUCACAAAAAUUCCAAAUAAAGUUACUCAAAAACUAAAAACACAAUCUAGUGUGACCGAUAAUGUGAGUAAUAAAAUCGUUACAAAAACUAUGUCAGAUGUAUCAUGUAAUAAUUCAAAUAAAGGAACUGUCAAUAUUAAUAAGCCAGCAUAUUCUACGGUAUCACAAAUGAAGAUUACCAGAACAAAACAGUCGAGUCUGCCAGAAACUCCUAAAUUUUUUCGAAGUAAAACAACAUUAAGCGAUAAAAAUAUAUCAACUUCAAAUAAAAUAAAACCUGGAACAUCUGUCAUUGUAAGACAACGAUUUCAGUCCUUCGAUAAUAAGAUUUCAGAACAAAGUUCAUUAAAGAAAGAUCAAAGUAGUAAAGAUAUAAAUGGUUCAGUAGAAGUCUUAACAAAACAAACAGUUAGUGUAAAACCAAAAGAAGAAAAUGAUGGUUGGCAAACAGUUAGAGGACGUUGUAGAAGAGGAAGUACUCAUAAUUUAAAUAUGUCUACAAGAUUUCACAAACCAAGUACUGCUACAUCAUUGCCAGCCUUAUCUAUUGAAAGUCCAUCAGAAAAAAGUAAAAAGAAAUGCUUGACCCCAGAUGGGAAUGGUAAACAGAAAAAGAAAUGUAUUGCAGAAAAAGAAGGAAAAAAUAUAAGUAAUGAGGUAGAAAAGGUGAAAGGGGAGUCAGCUGCAAGCCUUACUAUUAAAGAUAAGGUAGAAGAGGUUUUCAAAAACACGGUUAAUUUGAAUGAAAUCAAUUCUACAUCAAUGAUUGCAGCUAUUUUUAAAAGCGAUGCAGAAUUACUUGAAAAACGUAUACAGCAAUUUAUGGCAGCACAAGCAGAGAGAGAAAGAAUAAUUUUAGAAGAGGAGAGAAAGACAGAAGAAGCUGAUUCUCAAAGAUCACAGCAGUUAUCUGAUGAAGAAGCAUCCUUGCAUAGGCAAAUUUUAGAAUUAGAAUGUACAGAAACUGAUAUUGAUACAGAAACUGAUGAAACGGAUGGUGAAAUGGUUCUUGAAAUAGAAGAUGAACCAGCAACAUCUCCAACCGCAGUGUCUGAUGACAUCAGUUUAGAAGACAGCAUAAAUGUUUGUAGAUAUGAAAAUAUGUUAGAAGGGAUGUCUUGGGCUGAAUGUGUAGAUACACUCGCACAAUUACGUGCGCUAGUAGCUCGUCAUCCCGGUAGAGCUUUAGAACUACAUCAAAAGCUUUCGUCUCCAUCACGGAAAAGGUCAUUGCCUGAGACACUACGAAGAUAUCAAGUAAAACAAGCUUGUGCGCAACAUAAGCGUCAAAAGUUGUUGAUGGAAAAAUCGCAGAGACUGCGUGAACUGUUAAAUAAAGUAAAAGAUGUUAAGAGUGCCAAAACUCAAUUGAUAGAAGACAAGAGAUUGAGAAUGGAAAUGAAAUUAAAAAGGGCAGAAGAAAAUAGAACACAGCAUCUGUUAGAAAUCGUGAGAAAAGCUCAUGAUGAAGAUUCCAAAUUGAAAGAAAUUGCAUUUAUUAACGAACUUGAAGCACAGAACAAAAGACACGAUUUCAUGGCAUUGUGUCAAGAACAAGAAGAGAGAUUACAAGGGAUUCAAGAAGAACGUCAACGCCGACAAGAAGAAAAGGCUGCCAAAGAAGCUGCAGCUGAAGAGCGCAGACGAGCUUUAGAGGCAGAGAGGCAAUUACGUAUUCAGAAAAUGAAGCAAGCUCGUCGCGAACGUGAGGAAAGAGUUGGUAAAAUGCAGCUAGAAAGAGAAAAAGAACGGCAGGAACUCGCGAGAGAAAAAGCCAGAGAUCGAGAAGAACGUUUAUCGGCACUUCAUGCAGCUCAAUUAGCGAACCAAGAAGAACUGCAAAAGAAAAUAGCUCAUAAACAACAAGAAUCAGCUAGGAGACAUGUUGAAAAUAUAGAACAGAUUCGACAAAGAGCAGUUGAAUCUUCGAUUUUAAGAGCAGAAGAAGUUCCACCAACCCUGAAGUCAUAUCCUGCUCAGAAACAAUGUUCUUUAUGUGGAACAGUUAUACCGAAUGAAGUAUACUUGUUAAGUCAUUUGAAAGGAAAGAUGCACGUUGAAGCAGUGAGAAAUACGCAUGAUGGUCGUGAACCAUCCCGAGAUGAAUUACAGCGGUUUAAUAUAUCACAAAUACGUGAUUUACCGAUUUCGGUCAUCGAUAAUAACAAUUCAAAUGAAAUGAAAGCUGCAAAAGAAAAACAGAAAGCUAUAAAACGGCGAUGUAGGAAAAUGAAGCAGCGUAUGAUUUUACGUGGCAAAGAGUGGGAGGAUGAUCAUAAAAAUGAUGUAAAUCAAUCGACUGAUUCAACAAAUAAAGCAAAGUUCCGUCGAAAUUUAAAGGAAUUAGAUCGGUUAUACAAUAAUCAUUCGAAAACUGCAUGGUCGAGUGUCGCUAUUUCUGCCUUGGAACGAUGUUUAGGAGAAAUGACAAGGGCAUUUUCAAAAUCAUGUCAAUUAGACCAAAAUGCAUUUAGAGGUUUGAAUGGAUUUGAUGUUUUGACAAGUCUGCUAAAUUUGGGAUUACAAAUGCAAAAUGCAUCUCAUAAUUUGCCAAAUAAAAGCAUCAUUUCUGUGUGCCGUGUGUACAAGCUCAGUGUUAGUGGGAAUGAUACUAAUAUUGAAGAAGUUUUAUCCAGUAAUAAAAUUCUGAUCAUCUUGGAUCUUCUGCUACAACAUUUAGAGUCCCUGACAAAACUCGACGACCAGCUACAGGCCCAGGAGGUGUCCAGUAAUUCGACUGGUAGCGGAAUCGUAGCGAAUAGCUUGGUGCAAUUGCUGUGCAGUCUGCUCCCGGAGGAACCUUUUGAAAAAUCGCUAUUGCAGACGCGGGUCCAAGAUAUCGCCGGAUAUCUGGUAGCAGGUGGCUUAGUGGAUCGUGUGUCUCGGCACAGUCGCGCCCUGGUUGAGACCGAUUUCUUUGUGGAUCAGGAUCACGAUUCACCGUUGUUGAUAUCCGCCUACGAUCUUCUCUGCCGCGUCUGUUGUCAUCUGAAGAAGACAACGGAUCAAGAGAUCAGUAGCAUUACUGAGAACAAUAACAAUAACAACAAUGUAGAACAGACGAGCGUCGAAUCCCAUCUGCUUUCUACUUUGUCCUCUACCGGAGCUGCAGGUGCGAUCGGUGCACUCUAUGCAGCCGUCGCACUGGUCCCACAGAAUCAGAAAGGAUCAUCGCCAACUCCUAAUCAGAUCACGAUGACCCAAUCAACGAGAGUUUUAGUUGUUCGUUGCCUGAGGCUGCUGAAGGCGAUCGCUGAAUUGAAUCUUCAAAGAUUGCAGAAUCUGUUGGGAGCCGAGGGCACCAGCUUACAAUGGCGACUGAUAGCUAGUCAUGUGAUAACCAGAUUAUCACGAGAUCCAAUAUCGCACAAGCCGGAAAUUGGAUGUGCGCAGAACACUAGUGGUACUUACAUCCUGUCAGAACUGUUCCAGGUUCUGGGCUAUUUUGCAGUUAACAACCCGGAAAAUCAGUUGACCCUCCAAUCAGCUGGGGCUGGACCAAGUGUUCUCCAGCAGCUGUGUACUUUGCCCUUCCCGUUUUAUGGGGCACCAGGAUUAACGUCGUACAUUUUCCCCACUCUUUUGGCAGCCACGCACCAAAAUCCAGAGGCCAGGGCGAUUCUCUCUUGUGAAAUGUCUUACCAGCUUCUCGAGGAGUACAAGAAUUCGGACGACGGUAAGCUGAAUCCUUUGGUGCGUUUGCUGAAGGACUCGCCUAGUCCGUAAGCGUGCCAGCCGUAGCUGGGUUAGGUCCGGGUUAAGUUUCUUCGAGUUUCUUCAUUGCACGUAAUUUCGUGGACGUCGUUGAACCACAGGACCAUUACUUACAUUCUGUUCGUCGAGUCGACGAACGUAUGAAGGGGAAAAUUGUUAUUAGGUACGUCCAUCGAUAAUUGAAAAGCUGCGCGCCUUGGGGCUGGCACUUGACGGCGCAUUAUUUAUAUCGAGCGUGUGUCCUUGGAUCUAACGUGCACACGAUCGACACGAAAACGAAAUUGGUGGAGAACACUCGGUACGAAGGGACUUCUGUCUUGUUGUGUCCGCGUUGAGAAUUUGUCAAUCGAAGGGUUUUUUUGCAGCAAGAGAUAAGCGCUGGAAAUGCUUGAAUGAGCGCUCGUCGCAAGACUCGAGGAUAUUACUGAUGUAAAUGAUCGCUAGCAUCGUUCAGAUAUCGAUAGCAUAGGAAAUUCCGUGCGUAACAACAAUUGAGCACUGGUAAAUGAUAAAAACGAAAUUGUCAUUCUCAUGGUCUUUCGGAGUAGAAAUUCAAACCUGUGAACACUUCGAAUGCAAUAUUCGAAUGAGUUCUUUUAUCCUUGUAUUCGUAGGACUUUAAUGAACAAGCGUUUUGUCAUGACAAGCAAAAUUCUAAUAUAAAAAAACAAAUGUAAAAUGUUUUCUUGGGCUGUUGUGUUGGUUGAAUGAAAUAACGGGAUUUGUUCUUUUCUUGUUUUCUUUGUAUAAGUGUCAUCUAGGAACAUGAUAAGUAGUAACUAAUUGAGACAUUGACAUCAUCGAGUCCAAUUAAUCAGUUGGUCCUACAGAUUAUUGGUGUAAGUCUUAAUUUGUGCUCCGAUUUUCAUGUUGCCUUGUACUGUUCUAUUCAUUUCAAAUUUUGUACGUUCAUACUGAAUUAUUGUUGUGUCAACUGUUGAUUUUCUUUUUUUAUUAUAUUCUGUUAAAUUCUUGUCUUCUUCUACAGUUCGUUUGUUUUAUAAUCUCCACUCACAAUUCGAUAAAUGUUCAAACUUCAUUUUCUUGAAAUUGAGAUCUCAAACGAAUCAACUUUAUCUUUUUCAUGUAAAAUUUCAUUCUUUCUUGAUCAGCUGGUUACGGGAUAUAAUGUAUUCAAAUGCUUUACUUCGUGGUAAUCAUUCUGUAUACUCAGGAUAAGCUUGAUCUACUUAUCAUAAUUACAAUUCCUAUACUUUACUCUGUACAGCUUUCUAUUAUUAUAAUUCCAUUCCUUUUAACAAACAUAUUGUCAACCCUUCGUCGUCUUUCUCUGCCUUCAAACGUGCCUUACGUCCUUCCAUAAUCAUCUCCAUGAAUUAUCAUCUUUUCCUUUUUAUAUUCUGGCUCUUCACUUCGUCUUUAUUUGUCUACUCUAUUUUCUUUUUUAUCUUGUUAUUUCAGUUUCUUGUGUAGUUGUACAUUAUAUGUAACUGUUUCUUCCAUUUUUUAAGUUUAUGUUCAAUAUAUCCAGAUUAAUCGUUAUAAUUGGAAUUAAUAAUCUUGUUAUGAUUAUUAUUAUUUUAUUUAGUGAUUCUCUUAUAUUUAUCAAGUCAUAUUAAUAUAUAACAAUUUUAUAUUUGAAAUUAUAAAUUGUUUCAGUUAUUUUGUAUGUCAUACUUCUAUAAUAUACAUAUAUAUAUUCACUUUAUCGAUAUUUCAACGAUGCCACUGAUAAAUCUGUUACUUAAGCAACAGAUUUAAUAAAUUACACGGUAUUUUAAGAGCUAUAAGGACUUCAAAAUAUUUUUCUAUCGAUAUAAUGAAUACGAUAUUAUAUUUAUCUGUGUAAUUACUUUCUCUGCUUUUGCAGAUUGGCCUUCAGUUCCCAUAAAUCUGGGCGAUUCUUUUCAGGCCAUUUUGCUUUUCUAGUCAUUCAAGAAUGGCACCUUUUUAAACGAUACAAUCAAUACAAUUGAUCUAUCGAUAAUGAUAUAAUUGCGAGUAAGUAACCUAUACCCUAAUUUAACCAUUUAAUAAUUGGAGAAUAAUAUAUUAUCUUUUUGUACAUAAUAUAUUAACUAUUUUCUACACGAAAUUAAUUAUACUCGAGCUUCACGUAUUUAUUAUUCAAUCGAAUUAGUUUUGAGGCAAUCAUUUCUAACAGUUUGUAGUUAACAAUUAUAAAAAGAUACUGCAGUCUAAACAUAUUUUUUAGAUUUUCGAAACGUAAAUGGCUCAAAUGAAUAUUGAAACUUUCCGACCUUUAUUUUAAUACUAUAGAAUUGUAGAAAAUUGUAGUGAAUACCAUUUAAUUUUCAAUAUACAAGAUAAAAUAUGACUAGACAUAAAUUAGAAAUUAAUAAAAUAUUGUAUCCUAAAUGUCUCGAUGCUAUCUAAAUUUCUCCACGUCACACAGAGUAAUGAAAUAAGUCAUGUAACGCGUAUUAAGAAAUUAAUGUAUUUUAGAAAACUAUAUUAGUUCCAUGAAAAAAUUAGCAAAGUAAUUAGAAAGGUUAUCACGAUACAACAUAGAAAACAGAUAUUCGUAUGCAACAGGCAUACCGCUUUAUCUGAGAUGUAUUGAUAAUCCUGUGAUGAUGACUGUCUUCAGCCUUUAAAUAACAGAAAAAGAAAAUCCAUCGAGAGACUCGUAACCUUGUAGAAGUUCGUAUUUAGACCUUACUAAUAUAUUUUGUAUAAAUUAAAAUGGAAAAAAUAUGGGGUAACACAGUUUUCAUAUAAUUUAGGAUCGUAAAUGUUGAGUGAUUCGUGAAGUGUAGUGAAACGAUGCGUAAGUAACUCGUGCAAGUAAUUAACUUUUUUGUUCGAGUAACUGCUACCGACGGAUUCAUUUGUUUCUGUACAAAAACUCUUCGGUUCCCUUUCAAUCUUGUGAUGGACGCACGUAAAAUACAAUUUUCGCGGACAUUGGAAACACCAUGUUUUUUAGCGAGCGUAAAUAAACUUUCCAGCUGCUAUUCGCAAAUGCUGUUUGUUAAGGCAACAACAACGCUGUCUUGCGUUAACGAUUUCAAUCGUUCUUCUAUUAUCUAUACAUUUCUUAGCGUACCCGUUUCUCUCGUGUUCACGCGUGCCAAUAAUUUAUGCAAAGAACGUGUCUUUAGGACGGGCCUUCAAACGUUUGUAGCUGUCGUGCAAUGAGCGAGUUGCGAAGUAUUUAAAACCAUGCUGUCCACGAACAGGAACGCCUUACAAUUUUUCAUCGUUACGUGGAUAUCGUAUUUUGUUUAUUCAAAUACUGGAGUAAGAAGACAAUCUUUGAACUCUGGAGCUUCUGUUGGACAGCAUUGUUUUAAGUCGGAUCUGCACAUUGGCUUUGACAUUAGCUGUCAAAUCUCAGCCACUGUCUUCAAUGUUUUUAGCUUUGAUUCUGGUAAGAUGAAAUUAAAAAUUGGAAAUGUUAAAACUCCGUUUACGUAAAGAUGUUGGGAGAUAUUGUGGAUAGUGGAUGGAUUUCGAAUGUUUCUGUAAUUUUCAAUUUUUAGUAUUAGAUUGCUGAUGACUGAUGUCUGGUAGACAUUAAGUUGUUGGUGAGAAGGUUCGUUAGAUGUGAACUGAUUUAAAGAUAAUGUGAAAUUUGAUGGAAGAUUAUUUUAACACUUGCUUUAUUGCGGUUUUUAUAGUAAAAUAUCUAAGAAGUGCUUUAUAAUCAUAGUCUAAUAAUGAAAGUGCAGUGAUUUUCUCUUUCACCGAUGAUCAUUCAUUUGAGUAAUAAAAACUUCAGUAUAGUUUCUGCUUUUUUUUGGAUAAUCAUCUGUUCUUAACGUAGGGAGAUGUUCAUGUAAGAUUUUCAUAAGAAAAGAUUCAGGGCUCGUGAUAAUCUCAAUACUUUCUAAUCUAAGUAGAAAGUGUAUAAUUAACCUACAAAUUAACUGUGUCAGACUUUCAAAUAAUUUUCAGUGUUAAUAAUACGUAUGAUUUUUAUGCUUUUUUUCUUCAUUUUUAAAAUCAAAACCCUGUAGUAAUUAUCUGUUCACUUAAACGUGUCUUAUUCGACAAAUCUUUUUCUUUAAACAUUUCUAUAGACGUAAGAAACAUAAACAGAAGUUUUAACUGUUCUAUACUGUUUUAUUAAUAUAUUGCUUAUCCUUAGAGAUUGAAACAAGGUUAAAACAACAGAAUAGUAAUUUAUUGUAAAACAAGAAGAUAUCAAAAUUUUUCAAACUCACAAUAAUAGAAAAUUUCAAAUUCACAUCUAUUGCUUAAUACACUUAAAUUUCUAAAUUUCCAUCAUCCCUCUCACGUGUUUUUAUCAAAACCACAAUCAUGUCUAUCUUUCUAAAACCAUUAGUUGAAAGCUUUAAUUGAUCUGACCUAUCAGGCCCAUUAAAAACAUAAUGAAUAUAUGCACAACAAUGCUUUUUAUUCAUAAUUAUUAAACACUUUCUAGAUAACUUAGUACGUACUAUCUGCACCAAUCUACCCUUAUCACUCCGUCUUAACGUUUAAUACGCAAUUAUACUUUCUUAUUUUUCAACGGUACCCUUAUUCAAGAUAAAGUACACAGAUGUUAAAUUUAAAUUUUCUUCACAGUCUUCUUCGAACACUUGGCGCAUAAAAUGCGAUACUUUAAAUUCAAUUAAAUGAAGUUUCAAAGAAAAAUCUAAGUACAUCUGUUUCGUGGCACUGCCAUAAUGAAAACGGCACUUCAAAGUACGUCCAGGACAUAAAUGAUUAUAACGUAACAACAGAAACUUGUACGACUGUUACGCAUGGUGCGCACCGCGUUUGAAUAAUAACAAUCCAGCCACAUAUGUGUAUGUGUGUGUAGGUAGAACAAGUCAGCCACUCGGCGAAAAUUUUUUCGAGGUAAACGGAGUAUUACUUCGCUAGUCAAAUUGAACCAACGUCCUUCUCUAUAUGUUUCUCUGGAAAAUCAUUAAAAAAUUGAUUUAGCAAUACGAGAACCGUAUUGUAAAUCAAUUAAAGCCUCAAUAGAUGCACUCCUAGAGUUUCUAUAAAGGAAUUUCGAAAAGUCAACUUAACUGAUCGGUAGUUUUAGCGUUAACCGCAUUCGCGUCUACGGCAGUACUUUAAAUUGACGUCAAUACUACAUGUGCGGAUCUGACAUUAGAUUAGAAUGAUAUUUGCUGCGCGUGUAUGGAACCACGUCAACCGUGCCGAAACGGUAUGCCAAUCUCUAUUCCCUUUUUUUCUUCUGCGAAUGUAAAGUGUGGCGAACGAAAAAAUGCCAGGAGCAUGGCGAAUUGACAUCGAUCGAGAAAUUCAAUCGAAUUUAACGACCGAUUACAUUUUAACCCUUUCGUCCCGAAUGGUAUACACAGGUACCACGAGCGUUUGAGAUUACCGGAAAGCUAGAAAACGCUUGGACAAAGGAAAAUGGUACCACACGGGGAUCUUCGCUUACGGCUGACAGCUUAAGUGCUAAUCAAUUGUCGGUAAAUGUGUUUCUGUCGAUUAAUGCACCCGUAAGAUUUUUUUCCCAGAAAAUUCAUAGUCAGGGAUGAAACGGUUAAUAUCAGUACACCUUUACCUUUUUUAUUUUAUUUUCUGGGAAUCUCGAAGCUUUUCGAGCUUCCCCAGUUUUCUCGGUGAAUAUAUUUUUGUUUAAAUAUCUUAAUCGAUGAUGCGUAUAGAAUUGAUGAUAUUAGAAUUGAUUGAUUCGAAACACUGAUUUAGAAGUUGAGCACUAUUUUCUCGAUCGAAGACGGUAGAUAUCUAUUCUGCCAUUUGGUUGUUUAACGGCAACUUCUUUUUUGUUUAUCCUUGUAUGUGUAUUACUUAUAAACAUUUCCGUCGGAGGGAAUAAUAAGUGUUUAUUUUGUAGGAAAUUGAGAGUUUAUUUUAAUUUGAAUCAACGACGCGUAAAGCGCCACAGUCUUUACAGUAUUUCUGAUGAAAAUUCUUAAUACUGUGAUAAUUAAGAUAUAACGUUCAAUUUUUCGUUUUGAGGUGUUUUGGGCUGUGUCACGUAAUUGGGAAUACUUGAAUGUCAUUACUUAUUACGAUAAUUCAUGAAAUUAUUAUAGAGAAAGAUUGUCAUCCAGAAUUAUUAUGUACGAUAUAAUUUUGACUUCAAAUUGCAAUAUUAACGUGAGCAAUACAAUUUAAUGGAUCGCUAAAUGUAAACGCGCCGUUUAAUAUCAAUUGUGGUGCUUUAUGCAUCGAUACUAAAUAUUUAUCGAAUUCUAGAACGGAAACGUUACACAAAUGGACAUUUAUUCACAGGAGCUGCGUGUUCAGUUGUAUCACCGUGUAUUACUAUUUAUUGAAAAUCGAAAGAAUGAACGAAUGCAAGUACUUAUAAGGUACAGGUUUUCGUGGCUGCAGCGAGCGCACUCGUGCAAUGUCCUGCCAAUGCAAUUAAUAUUCAAGUAUUAUACACAUAUAUGUAUACAUAACUAUAUUUAGUAAAUAUUCAACGGCGUAUCGAAAAAAAUUCGAACUGAGGAUCGCGUAGACUAAUUUUAACAAUAUAAUAUUCCUUGUAAAAUUUCUGUCAUUCGCCCGCGGCUCACUCGAGGAUAAAUAAACUUGAUAAUGAAAUUUCUUUACUUUUGAUUAAUCGAAUUAAUCAAAUGCAAGAAGCAUACAACAUUAAAGUUUCAUCUCUUCCAAUUAUAUGUUUCGAUGAAUUUUGAAUUCGAUAAACGAUUAAGUUUACCUGAAUGAUAUUAUACGAUUUGAUUGAUAAUAUCGAUCAAAAAUAUAAUUCGAUUACAGAACCUCACCUAACGUGUUCGCUCGAAAACGACAAAAAUUUUACAAUCGAUUCGACGUAGGAACAAUAAAUAAUCAAUCAGUAAAUUGUAAAGCUUGGAAAGUUAGUGUUAGGACCACUUUUUGGUCACUGCGAUCGAGGGUGAAUAAAUAUUGUAUUCGUGGUAGAAAGGUAGUGAAAAUCUGCAGAGCUUCGAUUAAAAAUUAAACACUAAUUGGAACAUUAUAUCAUUGUUUCUAAUUUACUCCGAUCACCAGUUUUCCUUUCACUUGCAAAUUAAAGAAGUAUCAAAUCCGAGGUUUUACAUUAAUCAUUUAUUAUAACAACAAUGUUUGUCCUUCAAAAUUGAAGGUAACACGUAUAUGUUCAUUUCCGAACAUGCGACGAUAAAUCACAGUUAAACUAUCAUAUUUUUUGAAAAAUUGGAAAAGCAACCGUUCACUGUCUUCUGCUGCGCAUCAAUUAUUUAUUUCCCUCGACACGUCGCUAGCAUAGUCGCCGCGCGUCGCAAUAAUAUAUACGAGAAAGAGUUAUUUUAUCAUUGCCGAACACUAGCGGUUAAGAGUGAAACGUAAAAUAUUCGAAUCGGAAGGAAUCACGAUCGAUUUAUUUUUUAGAUGAACCUCAGCGGUCGAUUGUUACGCGCAAUUCUCUCGUUAGCAUUUCAAUCUCUGUAAAAUCAUGCUUCGACGCUUCGACGCGGGGAAAAGCCUUAAUCAGGUUUUUCGCGGAAUAUGAAACACAGCGUAAACGGGUGUAAGUACAUUCGCAUCUCACGUGUUCAGCACUUUUGCGAUUACUUUUCCACGAUCGUAUUUCCACCUUGUUCACCCCUAGGAAUCUCUGUUAUCACGCCGGUCGAUCGUGGAAAUGAAAAUCGGCCGUAUGCUUUAUACGUUUCGCAGGAAGUAGUAAUGAGUCGAAACUUGAUAUUAAUAAAUUUUGAUGAAACGAUCUUGUAAUAUUAUUCUAGCGCUCCCUUCUUCUUCCAUAUAAAGGGCACGUGAACGUUUGGACACUUAACGUAAAUGUGUUAUCGUAUGU